UCAGUUUUGCUCACGAAAAACAAACAAAAUAUGUAAACAAUCGUUCCGCGGGUGGAAUCAAAAACGCGCUUUUCUUGUGCACAUAAAGUAACGUUUUAUUAAAGUUUAAUUAAAACAGGCUAAAACAACGCUCCAGAUAUGGCAGAAGAAGAGCAGAUGCCCAUCAUUCCGGUGAAGGAACCGCUGGAUCUCAUUCGGCUCAGCUUGGAUGAAAAAAUCUACGUCAAGAUGCGGAACGAACGUGAACUUCGUGGACGCUUACAUGCAUUUGAUCAACAUUUGAACAUGGUUCUGGGCGAUGCGGAGGAAACCGUAACCACGGUUGAAAUCGACGAAGAAACCUACGAGGAAGUGUACAAAACAACAAAGCGUACCAUUCCUAUGCUGUUUGUGCGGGGGGAUGGCGUUAUACUCGUAUCUCCGCCAAUGAGAGUUGGUGGUUAAAGUUCACACACAAAAAUAAAACAAUUUCUUUAUUCACUGGUACCGUA